CUUCAUCAUCAUCAUCAUCGUCCCCUCCUCUGCUCCCAAUAAUUUGUAGCACCAAGGCCAACAUUCAGUUCAUCACAAAAUAUGUGUUCCUCUAAACCAAGAUUGCAGCAAAGUCCUAGUGUUACUCCAACAACACCAAAAACCAAUCCCCGCUUGGUUCUUCAGCCAACUGAUAACCAAUUUCCAAGCUUGGAACAUAGGAAGUUCCUCAAAAAGGCCAACCAUGAAUCCCUUAUUCCACCUCCUUUGCUAUCACCACUGCCUGCACCAAAAACUAAGCCCACCAUCUCUCCUCCCAUCUCUCCCAAGAUACCUUCGCCUCGACAACCAGCACUUAAGAGAGGAAAAGAACAUAAUGAGCUCAAUUCUAGUCUUGAGAAGUUGGUUCUCACACCUAAGUCAACAAUUAAGUUGACUAGUUCAGUGAAAAAGUCAAAGAGAUCAAGUGUUUCAGGUGCAGCUUCUGCUGAAAAUGUAAUGAAAAAUAUAUCAUCUUUGAUAGUAGAGGCACCAGGAAGCAUAGCAGCUGCAAGGAGGGAGCAAGUUGCAACAAUGCAAGAACAACGAAAGUUGCGAAUUGCUCAUUAUGGAAGAACAAACUCUGCAAAGUUUGAAGGGAAAGUGGUGCCUCUUGAUUCUUCAGCUACCAAUGUUGAGCAAAAGAGAUGCAGUUUUAUCACACCAAAUUCAGACCCUCUAUAUGUUGCUUACCAUGAUGAAGAAUGGGGAGUUCCUGUUCAUGAUGACAAUUUGUUGCUUGAAUUGUUACUGUUGACCAGUGCUCAAGUAGGAUCAGAUUGGAGUUCAGUUCUGAGGAAAAGGCAGGCUUUGAGGGAGGCAUUUUCAGGGUUUGAUGCAGAAGCUGUGGCUAAAUUUAAUGAAAAGAAGAUAACUUCAGUCAGUGCUGAUACUGGUACUGAUAUAAGCUUGAUUAGAGGAGUUGUUGACAAUGCUAAAAGAAUUCUUGAGAUUAAGAGGGAAACUGGGUCAUUUGACAAGUACUUGUGGGGAUUUGUGAAUCACAAGCCUAUUUCCACCCAAUACAAGUCAUGCCACAAGAUCCCUGUGAAGACUUCCAAAUCAGAGUUCAUAAGCAAAGCCAUGGUGAAGAAGGGUUUUAGGUUUGUAGGCCCCACUGUCAUACACUCAUUCAUGCAAGCUGCUGGCCUCACUAAUGACCACUUGAUCACUUGCUCAAGGCACCAACUAUAGAUGAUAAUGAUGAUAAUACAAAUGUGUGGCAUAUAUAUUAGACUGUAACCCAAUAAGCAGGGUAGGCUUAUUAUCUAACUCUAGGUAUUGGCUUUGUAACGGGAAUGUAAUCCUUAGAAAAAGUGUGUUGAAGGUAGAGAGGGGAAGAUAGAGCAAGGAAGACAAGGAGCAUGUGCAGGUGGGUUAGGCUAGGGCAAGUGAAGUAUUUGAUCCCAAUAGCUUUCAUUGCUUGUUGUGGCCACCACACCCACCACCUCUAUUAUUUGCUUGCUUUUGAAAGAUUGUGAAGAAUAAUCAGUGCAGGUAGGACUGUCCAUGGACCAUGAUCAAUCCCUUAUAUUCAUCAUCAUCCCUUUCAGCUUGGAUUGGAUCAAAGUGUUGUCAAUUCUUGAAUGAAAGGCUUCAUGUGCAAGCAGAGAGACAUAGAAUUGAGACACCAAAGUUGUUUCAUAUCAUUAUUAGAUUCAUCAUACAAUGUCCUUGCUUGUAAAAUCUAACCUGUGGGAAAUUUGUAUCACCAAAAUUGAUGUCUAAGUUUGGUUUUUUGGUUAUUGUUCUAUCCCUCUCAUUAUAUGUAUAGUUGUAUACUUAUCCAAGCAUCUUCUCCAUGUGCUCAAUGAUAUCUUUUCUACCUUUAGCCUUUGUGCA